AUGAGAGAGUCAAACUACACCUUCCCCCCGUCCAACAGGGCAGUCAUCAGCAUCAACCAGAUGCUCUAUGACAGAAGAGCCCUCGACACAAACUCGACGCUAGCAUUGCUCAACAAUCUCUGCCAGCUGACCUACCUCUCGUCGACGUCGCCGAGGAUACGAGAGGUCCUCACUAUGGACGGGGGCCUCGAACGGCUGCUGGACAUCUUAAGAGACUCUUGCCUGCCGCGCGAGCCUACGAUGCCGGAUCUCUGGGGUCUCAACGGACCAUGCACCGCACGUACCAUCAACGUCGACCACGCCAUCUCCCUUCGCCACUCGCUCGCGUUUCAGUGCGUCGUCAACAUUGGUGUGCGCGGCAACGAAGCGAUUCGUAGCCGUGUCGUGCAGGCCGGUGCAUUGGAUAUUGUCGCCCAGAUCCUCGAGUCAUGGCUCAAGAAGAACGGCAUUGCAAUCCACUCGUCAUCGCUGGGAUCUCAGGCUGCUGUCGAUGCCCUCGCUGCGGGUGUCCCGCUUCCGGGGACGGCGUCCAGGCGUCAUCGGCCAUCGGGCUCAUCUCGCAGCCACCACCACCGGGACCGGGGGGACCGUGACCAGCGCGAUCAACAACAGGCUUCCGCAUCUCAAGCACCGUCACAACCCCAGUCGCAGUCACAAGCACAGCCGCAGCCUCAAUCCCCCCAUCCUCCCGCAGCCACCGCCAACGCUCACGCCUACCCGCCUGGCGCCGCCCCGCCGCCAAACACACUGCUCUCCGCGGCCCAUGCGACAGCCACCGCUAACGCAGCUGGGCAGCCCAACUCGAGAGGGCUGCAGUAUGUCGCCAACCUGAUCACCAACCGUUUGAACCCGAGGCAGCAACCGGCUGAGCAAGUUACUGUUACGCGAGCACCCGUGACCACGAACUCGGUCGACACGGAUGUCGACAUGGCCGACGGCGAGACUGAGGGUGGGGAAACUGACACGGCAGGGGACACGGAUACUGGCGCAGACAUUAGCAUGGACAUUGAGGACAGUGGUGCGCCGUCACCAGACCGUGACGCAACCAUUGGCCCGGCGGCUGGAACGACGACCACCCCACGACCACGCCUUCCUCUGCUCCCUCUGCAGAUCGGCCGUCGCUCACCCGACCAACCGCAAGGCACCAGCAACGCUACAUCGCUGUCCGAGGACGAGCCGACCACCGCUAUUCCUCGCGCUCGGUCGGACAACAGUCUCGCCAUGUCGAACGCGCAGGCUGCGGCUGAGACCGGACGCCCGACUUCCGGAAUGGCGUCCAGGCUCCACCAGGUCGCUACCGAGGCUGUCAGCACCCAGUCGAGCCCGAUGGGCAGCCCGACGCACCAUGAGCACGUUGAGGGAAUGCGGGGACGUCGCGGGACUAUCGUUGGACGACCGCUGCUCCUCCCGCCGAGGGAGCAGCAGCCCCGCACGGAUGACAGCGAGAUCUCGGAUGCCGCCCCUGAUCCAGACCUUGCACGCACGACGCUGAGUGCCGGAUUUGCUGCCGCGGCCGCGAAUGCUGCUAUGGAAGCCGCCACCGCCGUUCAGAACCAGCCGGACAAUGCGCCUCAACCCGCCAUCGUUGAGCAAGCUGGUACGAACGAGGAGCCUGAUCCCGAGAUCCUCGCCGCCGAGCAGGCCCGCUUCGACAUGGAGGCCGGCGCUCCGCCCGGCCAGCCCGGUGCCGCGGCUCAGACCCCCCGCGUGACUCCCAACGACGGCCCUCUGCAGAACACGACCGUCGCGGAGCUCAUCGCCCAGCCCGUUCAGGCGCAGCCCGCCCAGAUCAUCAUCGCCAAUGGAGCGCCUCGCGGAUUCCAGGACCUCGGAGCUUACGUGGGAGUGAGCCUCCUGCUCAACCCGGAGGGCACCAACUACUCGGAGGACAACAUUCUGCUCGCUCUGCAGCUUUUGGCGUAUCUCUCAAAGUACCCUCACGUUCGCUCCACGUUCCACCACCCCCGCAGGCCGAUGCACAGGACGUUCGACCUCGGCCCCGACGACACCGACUACCCUCUUCCGCAGCGACCGGCGUACUCCGAGACUCCCAACAUCUUCUCUUUGGUGGAGCGCUUCACCUUCCGCGCCUCGCCUCGGACCCUCACAUGUACAAGAUCCCCAGCGACAUCCACUACUGGGCCGGUGUCAUCAUGCGCAACGCAUGCCGCAAGGACGACGCCCGCGGCGGUAUCCGCCAGUGCGCCUACAUGUCGUGCGGCCGAUGGGAAGUGUUCCCGAGAGAGUUUGCCAAGUGUCGCCGGUGCAGGAAGGCCAAGUACUGCUCCAAAGAGUGCCAGAGCAAAGCCUGGAGCGAGGGACACCGUUUCUGGAACCGAGCGAGGCUCGCGGGGCGGUGAAGGUCGUGGUGGUGGCGGUGGCGGUGGUGGCAGCCGCCGUGACCCUCCUCCUGCCGACGACGACGAUGACGACGUCGACAUGGAUGGUGGUGCCUUAAGUGGUGGCAGCCGCCGUGACCCUCCUCCUGCCGACGACGACGAUGACGACGUCGACAUGGAUGGUGGUGCCAACGGUGGUGCCGGGGCUCGCGCUGCCGGCAGCGGUACCACACAGGCCGCCCCCACACCUCUUCCGACCGCCCGCGGCGUCACCCACCUCGCUGGUCCUCCUCCCGCUGGCGCUGCUGCCCCCGUUAUGCCUCAGCGCACCGCUCCCCUCUUCGCUCCGUCGGUCGAUCGUCCCCCCAACCCCACUGUAACCAUUUCACCCCCUCCAUCAGCAUCCGCAGCAUCGACAUCAUCCGAGACGACCCCGACGCGCGAGACGACGCGGCGCCCGUCCCCCGACCGCAGCGACGAUGGUGUUCCGUCGUUCCUGAAGUCGGGUCGCGAGGCCGGCCCCUCAUCGACAGCGGAGAUGAACGCUGCGAUGCUGAGGCGCCGUUGA